AAAAAAGUAUUGAAAGCUUGAUAUUGAAGUUAAACGACAAGAAAAAAAGUCUCGAAUAAAUAUAAAAAAAAAGUAGUUUUAAGAGAAGAAAAGUAUUCGAAGCAGAUAUUGAAAAGUUACAGUUAAGAUAAUCAUUAAUAAAUAAUCAGUGAUGAGUAAAAGUAAAUACUCAAGGUAAUAAGACUGUCAUAAAACCAAGAGACGACUUGAACGAAUCCAACACGUGAUUACAUUUUAUUGUACAUUAUUAUAAGUUGCUGGAGUUGUUGAUCAACAGACACGCAUUGCAGGAAGGAAAUUUAGUCACAAUAAAGAGACAGAAAAUUAUGUCAACAUGGAAGUAGCGCACAUUAGUAACACUCCUUUUCAAACGCAAGUGCACGAAUGGCAGCAACAUCAUCCUAGUCCCGUUGCCGAAGCCAAUCCCAUUGAGAAUCACUGGAUUAAGGGUUCCUUCAACACGUAUGGAAAAAUGGUAACAAACAAUUUUUUGACACCUGACGGCACGAAGCACACACAAAAGAAGCAAAUGGAAAUACUGCAAGCGCGAACAAAAGAAGGCGGCGCACUACAGGUUGUCAAGUCAUCAACGAGUCAAAGUAUCUCGUCGCGUACCGUAACAUCGUCCGGAUCCACUGGCUGUGAUAAUAACACGACAUCAACCACAAAUCAGACAGAAAAUUAUGUCAAAAUGGAAGUAGCGCACAUUAGUAACACUCCUUUUCAAACGCAAGUGCACGAAUGGCAGCAACAUCAUCCUAGUCCCGUUGCCGAAGCCAAUCCCAUUGAGAAUCACUGGAUAAAGGGUUCCUUCAACACGUAUGGAAAAAUGGUAACAAACAAUUUUUUGACACCUGACGGCACGAAGCACACACAAAAGAAGCAAAUGGAAAUACUGCAAGCGCGAACAAAAGAAGGCGGCGCACUACAGGUUGUCAAGUCAUCAACGAGUCAAAGUAUCUCGUCGCGUACCGUAACAUCGUCCGGAUCCACUGGCUGUGAUAAUAACACGACAUCAACCACAAAUCGUCCCGAGCGACCAACUUCCCUCAGUUUGAGCAGCAUGACGAACGCCAGGCCGUUUUCUGAUAGUUUUAACGGAUGGCAUGGAAGCAUUUCUCGCGGCAAAAGUCAAUCUAAUGAAGAUCUCGCUGGCAAUGCAAACCCCGACGAUAGUGAUUAUGAAAUAAAUGACCCCUGGAAUCGAGUUAGUCGCAUCCGUCGUUCGUUUCAAUAUCCAUCGCCGAGUUCAAGUACGCCCAGAACGCAUCUUCGUCCGGUAGAUUUUCCAUCGAGAUCUUCUGUGGACGUGAACAAGAUACGGCAGGAGUUGGAAAGUAUCUGUGGUAAUGGACCCAAAGUACAAAAGAGUCCGUCGGAAGACGAUAGUGCCUUUGUGGCUUUGGAUUCCAUUCUGAAAGGGGCUGCUAUUGAAAAGCCCGACACAAAAAAGAAGCAAAUUGUAACGUCGGAAACGUUACAAAACAUUCGGAGUAGCUUGCGACGCCUUGAAGAUGAUUCGUUGUACAAGGACUCCGUUCUUAAUUCACCGCGAAAUUCGUUGUCCAUGGAGGAUGACGCCACAAAAGUCAGUUAUUCCAGUGCUAGUCCAUCGGUUCGCAGCAGCUUUGGUGAUUGGCGAUCCAAAUUACUCAGCAAAGAAUCAAAUCUUUCAAAUUCAUCGUUGCUUCGUCGCAAAUCCUACGGGUUUGAGUGUCUCGACGACGAUAAAAUGGAGUCAUCAACUGAUAGUGGUCUCGGAGGCUCGUCUCCAACUGCAGAACGUAAGCGAAAUUCUCUACUAGCCAUUUCAAAAAGCAAACUUUCGCCAACACGUAUUACGUUGUUCAACGAUUCACAACAUUUGAUCAGUUUGCCAAGCAACAAACGAAAUACAUUGCCUGCCGGAAGUCGCUUUGACUUUGACGGACGCACAUCAAUUCACAUCAACGGCAAUACCGAGGACGAGUGCUCGUCACAAGAUGGAAUUUUAGACGAAAAUGGGCGAAAAAGCACGAAACGCGUGGAAUUCUCCAAAUGUGAGAUUCAUUUCACACCAGAUUCGGGCCGUGUUAAUAUCGUGGAAACGGAUGGUAAGCCACCUUCGACGAAUAAUUUCCGAAGACGUCGACGUGGGUCAGGAAUUUCGGUAUCAGCGUCGUCAACAACGACAAAUAGCUCAUCGACAACGACCGACAUGCAGUUCUCGCGCUUCAAGGAAAACGAUGAGAUUCAAGUGGCGCCCGAUUUGAUAAUGAACAAGUCAGGUUCCGUCGAUUUGAGUCCGCUAACGAAUAUGUUGAAUGGCGAUGAUGACCUAGCAAUACGGGGAAUUCUCAAAAAUAAGCCGAUCAAGCCACGUCAAUACCAUUUGGGUGAAAAUAUGAAAGAUAUUGACAGUAUUUGGGGCGUCAAGUUGAAUCCAAUUUACAGCGAAGAGUCCAAUGGCUUGUACAGAAGUCAGGAAGCUAUCGAUUCAGAUCAAAAAGUACUGAAAAAUGGCGACCUAUCAAAAAUUAACGGAUAUUCGACGAAAAUUGAUUUAACAUUCAAAGACGAGUCCAACAAAUGGAAUGAAGGUGGUGCUCCGGCAGUCAAAAAUGUCUUAUCACGCUCAUACAAUUCGUCAUUUGUCGAAUACAAGAAACCCGUUACGACGGACAUUGAACCGCAACACGACCUCAAGUCAAUUUCGCUCGUCAAAAACACCAUUCGACUCGGCGACAGUCCCUCCAAAUUUGAAAUUAUCGAGUCGGAGAUUAGCCAGCCCGAAACAAAUCGUCGUUCCUUCGAGUUUGAACGACUCAGUAGUAUCCGAAGCAGCGGGACACGUAGUGCAUUCGCUCCCGUCACUAAAAAUGUUUCUUCUAGUCAACAACAAAACAAGGAACCGCCAGCCAACGAAAAGCAAUUGAAACGCGACCUGGACGAGGCUUUCAAGGAUCUGAUGAAUGUGUCGGCGACACUGCGGGAGAUGGGAAAAAGCACGGAAUUGACGACAAUCAAACCAAUUAAGCAACAUAACACAUUCCCAUCGAUCCGAAGUCAUGCGAAUAAUUCCUCGUCUCAUUCGAUUAGCACGAUCUCGUCGGGCAAUUGGAGCACUUAUAGUCGCCAAUCGUUGCAGUACGAGUCUCUUAGCGACUUUGGGGCCGAUAAUUGUCUGAAAACAAAGCCAAUUCCAAAGCCGAGACACUCGAUUGCAGGUACUUCAAGUGUGAGUCCGUCGUCGGAGAAGUCGCAAGACGCUGGCUACGACACAGUUGACACGUUGGCGCAAACCAAGAACUUUGUGAAAACCAUUCAGCAGCAGUUUGAAGCUCUUUCGACGCAAAAGAACGUUAUUCCAGAUUCAAACUCCGAGUUGAACCAAUCAAAUUCCAACAAAAUGUGCAUAGAAUUCUACUCACCCAUGAACAGUCUCGAUCGCAAAGAGAGAACACCCGAAAAACAGAAAAAACGUCCCGUGCCAAUGCCGCGCACCAUCAUGUCAGAUUCUGAAGGAGUUGUGAAGCCUUCUAGAAUUGUCGCAAAGUCAAAAGCUUUCGAACAAUUAGCUUUCAAAUCAGGAGCGCGACAACUAAAGCCAACAGAAUUGGUUUAUUUUGGUAUUUUGGCGACAAACGAAUGUGUGCCGACAAAUUCAUCGCGAACGAAGCAGCAAAAUAGCAGUCCGAAUAGCCCGCAGUUGUCCAGAAAUUCUUUCACUUCUUCGUCAAUGACGUCAUCGCAACGUUUCACCGAGAGCUCGUCUCGUCACUCAACUUCGAGUCAUCCACCGGUGCCGAAGGAUAGAUCCGAUGUCAGUCCCGUGAACGAUUAUUUCUUUAAAACGUCGUUCAAUCAGCGUCCAAAGCUACCGACGCCCACUGACGACACGGACAGACAUCACAUGAGUGACACGAAUGGCGGUGAAAUGUUUGCCGGUAACACGUCGACAAUCGAGCGAAUUAACAAGUUUGAGAGAACGAUCCGGGAAAAUUUGAUGAAAAAUUUGGAGGCAAGUCAAAGAUCGCCCAAAGUAAGGACAAAGUCAGAAAUGCUUGGAUAUGGGUUGAAGGAAAGUAGCGUGGACGACGAUUUGGGACACGGGUACGAUCGCAGUCAUGACUACAAGCGAGAUGAAAAUGUGUUGGCGGAAUUGACAAAGGCUGCGGAUGAGAUUAUGGAUACUGUGAAAAAGAUGGAUGAAGACGAGAAUCGUCGAAAAAGUCGAUCUCACCGUCACAAACAGCAAUAUAUGGAAUUAAUGAAGCAAUCCUCGUCGUCAACUCGUAGCUCAACGCGCGACGGACGUCGAAUGCUCCGAACAGCAAGUCGCGAAGUGCUCAAUAGCAGUUCCGAGGAUUUGCCAGCAGCUCCAGUGAAAGUAGAUGCUCCGCGACGUGUUAGACGCAUCAAAGUGGCAACAGAGGGAGGCAUACGAGAAGUGCAAUCAACUACGACAAGAGAUUCGACUCGAGAACGAUCGUCACGACAAAAACCGUCGAGCUCGGGUGGUAGUUCAAGACGCGUCAGCAGCAAACCUCAAAGUAGUCAAGAGGAGAAGAGUUCGUCUGCGAGAGAAAAAGGAAAAGUUUAUACGCACCGCUUGAAAAAAGUGGAUGAUAUCUCGAUGAAGCCAAGUUCAAGUUCACGACGACAAAGUUCGAAACACGCAAAGUCAUCUACGAUACGAUCAUCAAAAACGUCAUUAUGAAUCGAAAUUAUUGAUUUGAGUGAAUGCGAAACGAUCGAUGAUGGAAAUUAUUCGAAUUUUCUAAAGUCAGCGGCUCUAAAAUCACUCAAGUUUAGGUCACACAAGAAAAGAUGCACGAUAUUGUAACAAAUACACAAUUUUAACAAAAAAAAACUUACUUUCUUCGUACGACGUAAAAAAAUAUGAAUAGCCAGCCAUUGAAACCUGAAUUAAUGUCCUUUUUAACGA